CCCAGUCUCAUCAGUCUGCUGCUAAAGAAAACCAGCACGAGAAUAUUUCACAUGAGAAAGUCUGUUUUAAUGAUAGUAACGACUUUUGUGUUGUUGUUGUUGUAUUUUUAGAGACAGGUUGAGAAAUCAUCCAGAAGAAUAUUCCCGUGUUUAUUUUAUUCAAGUUCAGUGUUACAGUUAAAAGUCAUAUUAUUAGUUUGUAAUUCGGAAGAAGAUACCCUUGUUUAUUUUGUUAAUUUGGUGUAAAGUAUCACGGUGGUGUGUGUAGUUUGGAGUUCGUGUCACAUGCGUGAUAACUCGUUUCUCCUGGAUUCCCAGUCUUUCAGAAGCCUUUGAAACAGAAAGUGAACAAAUGAUCACAAGCAUCAAGUUCAGCAAGACAUAAGAGGAAGGAAGCUCUCAAAUAUUCACAGUUCAAUUCUACUUCUGAUGAACUGAGACAUUUUUUUGAGGACACAACAGUGCUGAACUUUGAUGCAGAGAUGGUUUUCUGGAGCUGUUUAUUCUUCCUCUGGCUCAAAGCAUCACCUGCUAAUGCUGGGGAAUGGAGCGCUAAAAUGCCAGAAUCAGUGGUGGGUUUGUCUGGAUCAUGCGUGCUGAUACCCUGUACGUUCAGCUACCCUGAAAAUGAAAAAACGUACACAGAAUUUACAGGGAUUUGGUACAAAGAAUAUUCAGCAGUGGUAUACAAUAAGGACACUUCAAAAAUCGCUGGCUCAUUCAAAGGUCGCACUAGUCUCAUUGGUGAUUUGCGCCAAAACGACUGUUCUUUGAAAAUCAACUCUUUGAGCAGCAGUGAUGCUGGGUCAUUCAUGUUCCGGACUGAGAUGAAAUAUUUUAAGUACUCAUAUGGUGAGAAAGUAUCUAUAAUUGGGAAAGAAACACCGGAGAAUCCUAACGUCUCUGUGGAAGAGGAAGUGACAUCAGGGAAGCCGGUGACUGCUACCUGUGCCGUGUCUCAUUCCUGUCCAUCAGACCUGCCUAAAGUCACCUGGAGCCACCAUGGCAAACAAUCGAGUCCAUCACAGCCACAGAAUCAUGGUCAAUGGAAGCUUACAUCUUACAACCUGACCUUCACUCCUUCUAGAGAAGACCACAACAAACGUCUCAGCUGCACUGCAGAGUUUAAAGGGAAGACAGUGACAGGCUACAAAACACUCAAAGUUAAAUAUCCUCCAUAUAAUGUAAACGUGGUCACUAAAUACUCAGUGAAAGAGAAUGACUCUGUGGAACUGACCUGCUCCAGUAACAGCAAUCCUCCUGCAAACAGCUACCAGUGGUUCAGCUCAAAUGGGACGAUGUUAGCAGAGAACCCCACUUACAGACUGGAGAAAGUGUCUCGACAUACUGAGGCCAUUUCCUGUACAGCCAUUAACACAGAGGGAAAAAACAGUUCUGGUCCACAGAAAAUAAACGUGCUGUAUCCUCCAUAUAAUGUAAAUGUGGUCACUAAAUACUCAUUGAAAGAGAAUGACUCUGUGGAACUGACCUGCUCCAGUAACAGCAAUCCUCCUGCAAACAGCUACCAGUGGAUCAGCUCAGAUGGGACGAUGUUAGCAGAGAGCCCAACUUACAGACUGGAGAGAGUGUCUCGACAUACCGAGGCCAUUUCCUGUACAGCCAUUAACACAGAGGGAAAAAACAGUUCUGGUCCACAGAAACUUAAUAUACUUUAUCCUCCUGAGAUUAAAAGUGAAUCUUCUUUCCAGUCUAAGAUUUUGACGGUUUGUGUCUGUAUUGUGGACUCCAACCCUCCCAGUGAAGUCAAGUGGUUUGGUCCAGAUUCCUCGAAAGCCUUCUCCAGCACCAGCAGUAAACAAAAUGAGUUCACCUUACAGGGUUGGCUGGGUUUCCCUGAGACUGUCCAGUGCUUUGCCAAUAACAGUCUGGGAAGCUCUAACAUAACAUUGGAAACUCCUCAAAAUGGCUUAAUAUACAUUGUUGUUGCAUCAGCAUUUGCAGUUGUUUUAGUCUGUAGUGUUGUGUGUGUUGUGAGAAGACGCUGUGGGAACAGAGCCGCACAACAACCUGUAAUGAUGAAUGAACAGACUCAAAUGAAGACAACCCAAAACAAUAAAGAAGAAGAGGGCAGUGAUGGAGACAUUUACACAAACUGCCCAGACAGUCAUGCUUAUGACAACUCGAGGUGUGGUGAGAGACCAUUGUCAUCUGACAGAGCCUUGGAAGAUGAAGCCGUCUAUGCUAACAUGUGAAGAAAAGGACAUGUGCCAUCCUACUAGAAAUGAUAAAUACAGAGAAAGAACAGAGGCAAACAAAUGUUUGUUGACUACUGUAGAUAUUAUUAUUCACUGAAGAUGUUCAGAGGUAAAAAUGUCUUCCAACUGAAAACAAAAGUACUGUGUAUGAAUAUCAUAUAUUUGAACUCUUUUUACAUUUAAUGUAUGAAGACAAAUUAUCUUUAUAUAUUAUGUAAAAAGCAAUUGAGUUUAAAUUUCAUUCAAAGUCAUCAAAUAUAAACUCUGAUAAACAGUUAAGUUCUGGUGUCCCUCAGGGCUCUGUUCUUGGCCCGGUAUUGUUUAAUCUCUACAUGCUACCUUUGGGUUCUAUUUUAUCUAGAUAUGGUGUAUCUUUUUAUCUGUACGCUCACGACACACAAAUUUAUGACGAUAAGCUUGCCUUUAAGCCUACAUUAGACUGCUUAGACAAACUAAUACUUUGGCUUGCUAGUAAUUUCUUAAGUCUUAAUGAGAGCAAGACUGAAAUGAUCUUGUUUGGUAAUGAUCACAGCAUUCAUGAUGUUGAUCUUGAUACUCUGUUACCUUACAGUACCACCUGUGUUCAGAAUCUGGGGGUUUUGCUUAAAAACAGUCUUAAAUUUGAUAAGCAGAUAUGUGCUGUGGUUAGGUCUUGUUUCUAUCAUCUUCGUCUUUUAGUAAAGGUUCAGCCCUUUUUGUCUGGUAAGAAUCUUGAAACUGUCAUGCAUGCAUUUGUAAUGUCUCGAAUAGACUAUUGUAACUCUUUGUACAUUGGUGCCUCUCAGACUUGUGUCACAUGCUUACAGUUCAAAAUGCCGUGGCCUGGCUCCUCAAAGGGAAGUGGUGGACUUACUAACUGUGCUCUCUCUCUCUCUCUCUCUCUCUCUCUCACACACACACACACACACACACACACACACACACACACACACACACUCUUUCUCACAAUCUCUCUCUCCCUCUCUCUCUCUCUCUCUCUCGUUGUUCUAAAGACAUAUUACCUUUGCCACCAAUCAGAUUGUGUUUUAUUACACCUACCCCAACCUAGCCUUACAAUAAUGCAAAUACAGUAAUUGUUGUGCUUAAUGACAAAAAAUAUGUGAUAUUGAUGUGUGUAUGACCAGUAGACAAUCUGGCUGUAGCUGUAGCUGUAUGCAGUUUGUGUCAAAGCAAAUCAUUUUGAGAAAUUAAGACAAUAAAAAUCAUGACAUGAAACACA